GCUUCAUUCUUGGCGGGUAAAAAAAUUUUCAAAUUUUGGCGAAAAAAGCUUUUCCGUAAGCAACCAUACAUCGAUUCCCCCAUUUCCAUCACUACCGGAAUGAAAUCCGUCCUCCAGUGCUGCUUCCCCCCACUGCUCCCCCCUUUCAACUUCAAAUGGGGGGUUCAAGCGUCCUCCGGUUAACGAUUCUCUGUUUAUACUUACUGCUGCAUUGAGUGAUCCGCGUAUUUAUAUUCUGACAGUUUCACCGCUAUAUUGAAUAUAGUGAAAAAGCGUUGCUUUUUCCAGAUAUCCUUAUUCUUAGAUUUACAAGACCACAUUUUCCUUUUCAACUAUAUUUAAUUUGAAAAUGGAUGAAAUAUCUGAUCAACUUUACAAACUGAAUCUGGGGAUAAAAGAGAACAAGACUUCAUCAGAGAUCCAGAAGAUUCUUAUGCAGAUCAAUAAACAGUUUUCUACUGAAGGCUGUGAUAAGAAAGCUGUUGUAGAAUAUUUGAUAAAAAAUGGAAUUGUUGACACAUUUUCUCUUAUAUUGAAAUCCAGAGAACGUUUUUCUGCAUCAACUUUUGCCCUUGUAGCAGAAAUCUUAGCUGAAGUUGCUAAACUUGAUUUAGGAAGGCAAACUUGUAGUGAUCCAGCUAUUGUUGUCCCUUUAUUGGAACUUAUGUCAAAUAAUGACACUAAUGUUGUACUUCAAGUCUGUCGAGCUCUUGGAAAUAUUUGCUAUGAUAAUGAUGCUGCUCGCAGUUUAGUUAAAGAAAAUAAUGGAGUGAAUCGACUUAUACAACUUUUAAGAAAUUUAUUGGAAAAAGAAAAUCUUCCUGAAAAUAUGAGAACUAUAGCUUCUGGCUGUUUGCUAAAUUUGACGGAUACUUAUGAAGAAAUUCAGGAUCAAGCUGUUGAUAAUGGUAUUCUUGAUGUAUUAUUGCAAUAUCUAAUGAAGUUCAGUUCUGACGAAGAUGUUGUGACUCAUUGUCUCUUAGUUCUCAGUUGUUUAGCUGAUAGUCAUAAAGGUCGAGCCAAAAUUCUGGAUAAAUCUGUGUUGUCAUCACUUCUUAGUUUGCUAGAAAAACCUCUUAAAGAUGAUAUUAUGGAUUCACUUUUAGAGUUAUUUGGAAAUCUGUGUGAAAAUGAUUUAGCUAAGCUUAGUUUAGCUCAAAUGGGGUUAUGUGAUAAACUUGUUGAGAUUGUUCGAAAACAUAUAAGUUCUGGAAGUGUUGUGACUGGUACCUUCAAUAUUUGUAAAACUGUCCCUGAUCUUAUCAUUCUUAUACUCACUGGUGAUGCAAGUAUGGAGCACCUUUGGAAAGAUGGUCAAGGUGUGGUUUAUAAAGAAACUCUAUCAUGGUUGAAAAGUAAUGAUGAAAAUCUUCUAAUUGCUGGGGCUUUGGCAACUGGAAAUUUUGCUAGAAAAGACAGUCACUGUAUUCAAAUGUUAGCUGAUGGUGUUGUUGAACAACUGAGAACACUCUUAGAAAAACAUUCUGGCAAGGAUGGUGAUAUUAGGAUGCAGCAUGCUGUACUUUCCGCUUUAAGAAAUCUUGCCAUUCCUGCUCAAAAUAAAGCAGCUAUGGUGAAGAUUGGUAUUGUUUCUAACCUGAUUGAUAUGAUGAAUGUUGAAACAUUCCCUGUUGUUUUUAAACUUCUUGGGACACUAAGAAUGUUACUUGAUAAACAAGAGGAUGUUGCAAAAACAGUUGGUGAAAAUAUUGAUUUUGUAAAAAGAUUAGUAAGCUGGUGUGCUGUGGAAGAUCACCCUGGAGUUAAAGGUGAAGCCACAAGAUUACUUGCAUGGAUUGCAAAGAAUUCCAAAACACCAUCUGUGAUGAAGAAUCUUGUGAAAGCUAAUGCCUUACCUCCAAUAAUCUCAAUGAUGAAAUCAGAGCAUGUUGUGAUGCAAAAUGAAGCUUUAAUAGCCCUUUCCUUGGUUGCUGUGAGUUGUUUAAGUGACAUAGAAGAAAUUGCAGGAUCAACUGAUCUAAUAAAUAUUUUGUAUCAAAUAUUGGCUGGUGAUUUGAUUGUUAUUGAGCUCACCCAAAAUGCCCUAUCUCUUCUCGUUGUACUGAUGUGUUCAGCAAAAUUGAGAAAUGCUGUUAAUAGCACACCCAUACGAACAGAUCUGAAAGUCUUAAAAAAUCACAAUGACAAAAAAAUUAGAGAUCUAGCAUCAAAUGCAAUACAGAUGCUUGAGACUAGUCAUGGCCCUUGAAAAUAUUUGUCAAUACUGCAAAUUGAAAUUAAGAUGUUGCUCAGUUCAUUCUAAAUAGGUUAUGCUUAUAUUUUUUUAUGUGUUUUAUAUUUAUUUAAGUAGGUAUGUUUAAAAUCCUGAAUCAUUUAUAGUACUGUAUAUGAAAAUUGAACCUCAUGAAUGUAAAAUACAUUCUGUCAGUAUUUUUUUUAGGUUUAAAUGUUUUCAAGGAAAUUUGUCAAGUUUAAAAUACACUGUAUUGUGUUUCAACCAGUUUUUUUUUUCGAAUA